CGCUGCCAUGGGGACCGGCGCUGGCCCCUGCACCGCUGCCAUGGGGACCGGCGCCGGCCCCUUCCCCUCUGCAGCACGGAAACCCACAUGCCGGAUGAGGUGUCUAGGUGCUCAAGAGAAGUGAAACUACCGCUUAGGAACAAGUUCCCUAGGCAGGAGAGGGGCCUUGUUCUCUCUGUCGUUUGAAGCCAAGUUAGCUAAUGGUGUUGGUCAGCCUGACCCAUGCUACAGGCAGAGAGUCAGGGGUUAAAAUUGCUAUAUUAUAAAUUGAGGAACAAAACUGGGGAAUAAGUGAUCCUACUAAAUUCCCCGUGAUCCCAAGGCAUGGAAAGAUGAAACAAGGUUCUGUGAGUCACUCCAGAGAGAAGCAGUGCCUCAAAGGGAAGAGCAGCUGCCCUGGGCAGAGCAGUGGCGGAGUGAGGAGCACGGCGCUGCGGACUCCAGCUUGCUGGUGAUGGAGAACUUCUCUUCUUCCCCUUCUCCCUUUUCUGCUAGUUCUCCUGCUGGGCUGUCUAUGAACACCACUGCCCAUGAUCACUACUCCAGCCUGCAGAAGAGCAUGCAUAUCCUGUCCAUGGUGGUGUACAGCAUUGCCUGUUUGCUGGGGGUGACGGGGAAUGGCCUUGUCAUCUGGAUUGCAGGCUUCAAGAUGAAGAAGACAGUGAACUCCGUGUGGUUCCUCAACCUGGCCAUUGCUGACUUCAUCUUCACCUUUUUCUUGCCUCUCAGUAUUGCCUACACUGCACUGGGCUUCCACUGGCCCUUUGGGAAGCUCCUGUGCAAGCUGAACAGCACAAUCGCGUUCCUCAACAUGUUUGCCAGCGUCUUCCUCUUGACUGUCAUCAGCAUGGAUCGCUGUGUGUCUGUGGCCUUUCCCGUGUGGUCGCACAACCACAGGAGCCCAGAGCUUGCGGCCAGGAUUGCGCUGGGGACAUGGGUCCUGGCUCUCCUCCUCAGCUCCCCAUACCUUGUCUUUCGGGACACUGCAGUCAGCUCCAGGAACAUCACCAGCUGCUACAAUAAUUUUGCACUGUCCGAUGACUACUCGUCUGAGGCAACACGGAGACUGUGGAGGAUGCGGCUUAAAGCGAUGAUUGUAACACGAUUCUUAUGUGGGUUUCUCAUCCCUUUCACAGUGAUUCUCAUCUGCUACAGCAUUGUUGCUGUCAAGCUGAAAAGGAGGCAGUUAGGUAAUUCUGCAAAGCCAUACAGAAUUAUCAUUGCUGUCACAGUCUCUUUUUUCCUCUGUUAUUUUCCCUAUCAUGUCUUCUCGUUGCUGGAAAUAUCAAAAAACUCCUCCAGCCAUGAGAUGAAAAUGGCCCUUUACAUAGGGAUACCACUGGUUUCCAGCCUUGCUUUCUUCAAUAGCUGCAUCAACCCCAUCCUGUACGUAUUUGUGGGGCCGGAUUUCAAGGAGAAGUUUCGUCAGUCCAUCCUGUCAGCCUUUGAAGGGGCCUUCAGCGAGGAGUCUGUCCUGGCCAGCCUGGCCAGCAGGCGAAAGUCCAGGUCCGCUUCAGAAGUGGAGGUCUCGAGGGCCUGAGCGUGUUGUGCUGCAGCACAACACUGGCUUCGUCGGAGAGGGGCAGUUUUUUCCUCUGUAGUUACCCUUCAUUUCAGAGCUAUAAUUGCUGGACUGAGGGCUGAAAAGGGCUAUGGGUGCUAAUGGAGUGUGAUUUAACAUUUUGGAGCAUCAUAAAUCUACUAUGACUUAAUAUACCAAGAAAAUGAAACCUGGCCAGAGUUGCAGCAGGGUGGGAAAUCAAAGUAGCAGCAUUUCACUGUUCCUGCCCCUUCUUUUGCUGCCCAUUUCACUGUACUUGUCUUCUCCAUCCUUUGCAGUCCAUCAUACCUAUGUGACACCUCCUUUGUAUAACGGACCAGUGUGACUUUCUUUCUGCCACUUGUGCUUGUUUGUCAGCUGGGUUCAUUAGCACCAAGCGUGGCUCAGACUAUUUUGUGUCCAUUGUGCCCAUUCGCUGUGUAUGAAGCAUGCGGAGGCUUUGCUCUGCCUUGCCACCUGUGUGUCACCAUGCUUGGGACCCCUGCAAAAAUAUCUUCUGGGCUGGCUGUGCCAAGAGGGCAACCAUUGGCCAGGUGGAGGUUGCUGGUUGUCAGACUUGGCCACUUCAGCACUGCUGAUCUGUUACAGCUUGCAGUUGUUAAUAGGUGAUCUUUUAUGUGCACUGAGUUUGUGAAUCCAUUGACCAUCCUCUUUAUUUUCCCCUCUCCUGGGACUCCCAAGGAGGGAUGCUCUCCUCGCUGCCGCCCAUGGGAAAUGGACUCUGCCUAGCCGAGCCCAGAGUCGUCUCGUAUGCUCCAGAAUGAUGCAAACAAGCCCAAAUUCUUCUGGCAUCUCCUUGGAGUUCACCUGACUGCAGUGUGGCUGCCCGCCAUGAGCCACUGGGAGAGGUUAUUCCCCGCAGCUGCCAAACUUCUGCGGCAGACGGUCUUUGCCAAGAUGCAAAAAUUCUGGGGUUCCACCAGGGGGCAAAAUUGGGUCCUGCUGUGGCAGCGGUGUGCGGCUGUGCUGGCCUUUCUGCUCUCCAGAGGAGAGCGGGAGAAGAGAAGAGCUAUUCCAUAAUUCUCUUAUAAAUAAAUCAGUAAAGAAAAUGCAAAGAUUCUUUUCCACAUGAGGUAUCAUACCAGUCCAGCACACAGGCAACUAAAUCUUAAGAGAAAAUGAUAAAAAUUAAAAAGAAAAAGCAAGUUGAACACACAAUGUGAUCCAGCCUGCUCAUACUGUGUGCAGCUAAAUGGGACAAGGUAUUACUGUGCAGAGAUUUCCCUACGUUUCUGAGUGAGGUAGCUCUGCUGCCAGGGAGAGGAUGGCUGCACAGCGCAGCCUCUGCAGACCCCGCGUUCGAGCUGCCAUGCAGCGGUGUCCGUGCAGCAGCAGGGAGAUGUCCCCCCUGCAUCCUACUCAUGGGACAAACACUGCCCCGAGCAAAGUGUGCUAAUCAGAGGGGCUUAAGCUAGCUGCAGUGGAUGUGCUGACCAGAGGACUUUGCUCUCAAAAAUGUAUAUUUUAAUUAUUUAAAGUUAAAUGGCUCUGUGUAUUUUUGCAGAGUCGGGACUGUCUAGUAAAACAUUCAUCUUUUCUCUCCCCAGGCGUGUGGCAGGCCAGAUUAUUGGUUGUAUUCCAGUUACUCGGGUUUGAUGUACAACAUGACUAUUUCUGAGCAGUGGUUGUCUGUGUCUGUGUUUGUAUUUGACAUGUUUCUGGCCCUUAAGCAGCUGAGAUCUGACAUUGGUAGUGCUAGUGAAUGAAUAUUAA